AUGCCGGUCUCCCUUCGAUACCUGAACAAUCAAUCGCUGCCUAACGCCAACUCACGGGUCUUCCUGAUGGCAACGGAAACACGGUACCAGACCUUUACACUGCUGGGUAAUGAUAUUGCCUUCGAUAUUGACAUAUCCAAUGUCGCUUGUGGACUGAAUGCGGCCCUCUACUUUGUUGCCAUGAGCCCCGAUGGGGGAUCAAAUGAGUUUCCGACCCAUCGUGCAGGAGCGAAAUAUGGUACAGGAUACUGCGACGCGAGCUGUCCUCAGAGUCAACGAUACGUAGGCGGCAAGUCUAAUAUCAACGGGUGGGAGCCUUCUCCCUACGACUCUGCAACAAGUAUAGGCAACCAGGGUGCCUGUUGUUCCGAAUUUGAUGUGAAUGGCUACUCCAUUUGCGAGUGGGAUGAAUGCAACCAAGGUCGACUGCCAGAUUGCGACAGAUGGGGCUGCGAUUAUACCCCAUAUAGACUUGGAGCCAUUGAUUUCGUUGGCAAGGGAAAAACAGUCCACACUGCGAGGCAGUUUACGUAGGGGUGCCUUGCGACAUUCAUUCGUACAUAUCGCUAACUCCCACUCAGUGUCGUCACCCAAUUUCACGAAGAUGUCGUGACACAGUGCUUCGUACAAGACGGGCAAAAGAUCGAGACGCCUGCACCUAUAUUCAAUGGCAUUUCCAAUACAGGUGGAAUCAGCUCAGAGUAUUGCGCAAACUCUGCUGUCGAAUUCGAAAUUCGCGACAUGUUCAAUCAGCUGGGAGGUUUUCAUCGCCACAAUGACGUUUUGCGACAGCCAAUGGUGCUUACAAUGGCAAUAAGCGAUGAUCUAAGGACACCUACUCUGGUCUAGACUACCUGACAGUGUGAUUGCUGAUGAAGAAGAAAAUAGUAUUGGUUCUGGAAUACCUGGCUUGAUUCUAUGUUCCCCGUUGAGGCAGAAGGCAUGCCGGGAGUUGCUCGCGGAGAUUGCCCAUGGGAAAUGAAUGAGCCUCAUCUUGUCAAGACCGAGCAACCCGACGCGUAAGCCUUCUCAUCUCAUCUACGACGACUUUUUCUGAAACAUUACAGCAUUGCUCACUGGGCAAAUAUUCGCUUUGGGCCCAUUGAUUCGACUACCGACUUGUGA